AAUGUGUAUGAAAAGCUUUGAAAUUCCACGCGCGCUCUGAGAAUCGAAUGCCAACUGCGAAUCAAGCGACAACAAUGUUGCUAGCGCAAAAACAACAAAACCAACUACCACAGCUACAACAACAACUACAAGAACAAAAACAACAACAUAAACAUAAACAGCAGCCGCAACAACGACCCACAACACUUCCACAUCGAUGCAGCAGCAACAGCAACAACAACAACAGCUGCUGCAACAACAACACCAACACCAGCAGCAGCUGCAAUUGCAGGCGACGCAAAAGCAAUCCCAGGCGCAGCAGUUAACCAACAACAUAAUAUUGCUGCGCGGCGCACGCAACGAAAACGGGCAGAUUGUCAUCCAGAACAAGCAUGGCAUAAUAAGCAUCUUUAAUGAACAACAACAACAACAACAACAACAACAACAACAGCAGCAACAGAAAAUCGAUAAGACAAGCGUUGCUGCGACACUGACACAGUUGCCCACAGCCACAACUGUUGCACGCAAAUCAAUACAAACUACAACAACUACACCAACAAAAACACUACUCGGCAACACCAAAAAUGUUGCAUAUGUUGCUAAAGAGACAGCGGCGACAACAACCCAAAGUGUUGUUGGUGCUGGCGCUACAACCGUUGUUGGUGGUGGCGUCAGCAGCAGUGGCGGCACGGGCAAUGGCGCUGGUGCUGGCAAUACAACCAACACAAUUCUGCUGCAAACUCCCAUCAAUGCAAGCCAACUGGAAUCGGUGCUGUUGCACACGGCCAAUAUGAAGAAAUCGUCAACCACUGCAACUGCCGCAGAUCGUCAAUAUCUCUUCAAAACGGCCUCGCGCAGUCUCAGCACCGAUAGCAAUCGCUUAGGACGCGCCUCCGAAAGUGGCAGCUUGGGCAGCGGCAGUUUGAGCAGCGCCAGCAGCAGCAGCAAUAGCAUCGCCAGCAAAGCGCCAUUUGUGCUGCAAACACUUAAACGAUUGGAGAAGUCCCAAUCCAUACUAGUCAUACGCAAUCCAUCUGCCUCAUCGGUGGCUGCACUCACAGCUUCCUCUUCCGCCUCCUCACUUUCCACCGUAUCCACGGCAAAUAACAACAUAGCGCACGUUGCCACAUCGACAAGCGUCGAUCGUGCAGCCACUGCUGGUUCAGCGCAAGCACUGUUUCCAGCCUCUUCGGCUUCCGCAACCAUUGCGGGCUCAACGCUUUCGUUGUCCUCCGCCCAUGUGGCCGCACCAACGCAGACGAUUAGUGUUAGCACCAAUACACAGACAGGCGCCGUGAGCUUCACACGUGUCACGAAAAGUCAACAAACUACAGGCACGGCUGUGGUGUCAUCUACAGCUACAACAACAACAAAGCUUGGCAAUAUCACUGUGAAUCGCGCUGGUGGCGUCCCAUCAGUUGCAAUGACAACGAAGACGACGCUGCCAGCUGCUGCUGCCGCCGCCACAAAUACCACAACUUACUUGCGUUUGGCUAAUGCAACAACAGUGUUUGCCAACAAUAACGGUACCAAUCAUAAUAGUGCGUCCGUCAAUGGUGUGGGUGUGGGCAAAGUGGUGGUUGUCAGUGGCAGUAAAAGCCACAAUGCGAUUGCGGCAAGUAACAACAAAAACGUUGGCACGAGCGGCAUGAGAAUUGUUGACACACAGGCACAACAACAACAACAACACCAGCAAACUCAACUAUGUCUGUCCGAUGUGCAGUUGAAAUUGGAUACUCGCGCUGGCGGUGCUGGCGGUAGUGUCGUCAUUUCAACGCCACAGCAGCAGCAGCAGCAACAACAACAAACACAACAACCGCAAACUGUGACGACUGUUGUACAUCAACAACAGCUGCAAGUACAACAGCAGCAACAAACACCACAGCAGCAGCACCAGCAAAAAAAUUCAGUGUCAAAUGCGCCUCGCGGGAGCGCAUUUGUUUUGCUAACAAUUUGGGCGGUUUACGGUGUUGGUCAAUAA